GUGAACGGCACGAGCGGGACGCACCGCCGCGAGACUUGGUGAUUUCUUUAUAAGUUCGUGUUUUUUUCUUUACUGGGAAUGAACCUCACAGCCAAGAUGGAAAUUAACGUCAGCCAGCAGCAGCUCAUGCCGCCCGCUUGUUUCUUCUCUGCCGCUGCAGCGGCGCAGAGCAUCCAGCUGAGCCCGUGCGGCAGCAGCCAGAGCAGCGGGAAGUCAAUGUCCAAGCAGCCCAAGAGGCAACGCUCCUCCUCCCCGGAGCUGCUGCGGUGCAAGCGGAGGCUGAAUUUCGCGGGUUUCGGCUACACUCUUCCGCAGCAGCAGCCGCACGCAGUGGCGCGGAGGAACGAGAGGGAGCGCAACAGGGUGAAGCUGGUGAACAACGGCUUCGCCACCCUGCGGGAGCACGUCCCCAACGGCGCCGCCAACAAGAAGAUGAGCAAAGUGGAGACGCUGCGCUCCGCGGUGGAGUACAUCCGCGCCCUGCAGCAGCUGCUGGACGAACACGACGCGGUGAGCGCGGCGUUUCAGUCCGGCGUGCUGUCGCCCACCAUGUCGCAGGGAUACUCCGCUGACAUGAACUCCAUGGCAGGUUCUCCGGUGUCCUCCUACUCAUCUGACGAGGGUUCCUACGACCCCCUCAGUCCAGAGGAGCAAGAACUGCUCGACUUCGCCAACUGGUUCUGAGCAUCUGUAUGAGAAAAUAUGGAUCAACUCAAUUCACUGUUGUCUGCGCUUGGGAUGGUCCCGGAGGAGGCUGGGUGUCCUCAAGAACAAGAUGCACUGUACGCGCGUUUUGGUCCUGCAUCCUUAACGCCCGGUCCUCCCAGACUGAAAGACAG